AUGUCAGGUCCCGAUAUCUCUCACCAGAUUGCCGGCCUCAUCGAGGUUACAGAAGGCAUAGCGGAGGCGUAUGACCCCAUCAAAGACCUCCGUGGUCUACCCGAAGCCUUCCAGGAAGUGAACAAACUGCUUCCUCUCGUCGAACAAACCCUUAGAGAUGCAAAAAGUCCGGCGAAGAAAUUCAAGUCCGACGACGAUGCCAAGGCGCUAGAGACUCUCCUCUACAGCUGCGAUGAGAAGGCCGACAAGCUGCUGGAAAUCUUCAGGAGAAUCGCGAAGAAUUCAAAGGACCAAUACGACUCUUCCGUGUACCGGGCAAUUAUUAUUAAACAAGGCAAGCAUCGCGUCGAGACGUUGAUGGACGGCAUUUUGGAGGAUCUGGGAGCCCUUGUUGCGCACCACAUAUUUCCGGCGGAGAUGCAGAGGCAGGUCGAGCCGUUGGCAGAUGCUCGAGAGGAGCUGGCGAAAGUGUCUCCGUCACUGGCAGACUCCGAUCUGGCCGAGCAGCCCGGUGCUGCCAACCAGUAUGGCGAUAAUAGUCGCCAGUAUAACCUGUUCGGUGAGGGCACACAGAAAAUCGCGGACGGUCACUAUUUUGAGGCACAUGGGCAUCAGAAUUUCGGUAUGGUGCCACCCAAGGAGUCUGUAGAGAGGAAGCUGGCAUAG